AUGGCAGCAGACAGCAUCAGAAAGGAGUCACAGAAUGGUUGCACUGACCACACCAAAGACAAACGCACAGCGAAGGCAACGAUGCUUCACAAAGAUGUUGGUCUGCUGAGUGGCAUUUCUCUAAUUGUGGGGACUAUGAUUGGCUCAGGGAUCUUCAUUUCUCCUAAAUCUGUUUUGCUGUACUCAGGAGCUGUGGGACCUUGUCUUCUCAUCUGGACCGCCUGUGGAGUUUUAGCCACUUUAGGAGCUUUGUGCUAUGCUGAACUUGGUACCAUGAUCACCAAAUCAGGAGCAGAGUAUUCCUAUUUAAUGGAGGCUUUUGGCAACCUCUUGGCCUACCUUUACUCCUGGACCUCUGUCAUGGUGCUGAGGCCCUCCUCCUUUGCAAUCAUCACUCUAAGCUUUGCAGAGUACGCGUCUGCUCCUUUCUACCCAGGCUGCACUCCUCCUCUUGUGAUUAUCAAGUGUCUCUCAGCAGCUGCCAUAAUUAUGAUCAUCUUUGUGAACUGCUUGAGUGUGAAACUAGCAAGUUUUGUGCAGAACCUUUUCACAGCAGCCAAACUUGUCAUCAUAAUCAUCAUCGUGCUAGCUGGCAUCGUUCUGAUGGCUCAAGGAAACACCGAGAACUUGUCAAAUGCCUUUGAAGGCUCAACAACUUCUGUUGGAGCAAUUGGACUUGCGUUUUAUAAUGGGCUCUGGGCUUAUGAUGGAUGGAACCAACUAAAUUUCAUCACAGAGGAGCUGAAAGACCCACACAGAAAUUUGCCUCUGGCCAUCAUCAUUGGGAUCCCUUUGGUUACUGUGUGCUACGUGUUGAUCAACGUUGCUUAUUUUACUGUUAUGACCCCCACUGAACUGCUGUUGUCUCCCGCUGUUGCUGUGACUUUUGGAGACAGAGUCCUUUACCCUCUGUCUUGGAUUGUUCCUCUGUUUGUCGUCUUCUCGACAUUUGGUUCUGCAAACGGAAGCUGCUUCACUGCUGGCAGAUUGUGCUAUGUAGCUGGCAGAGAAGGUCACAUGGUGAAAAUUUUAUCCUACAUUAGUGUGAAGCGCAACACUCCUUCCCCUGCUCUCAUAUUCCAUGGGGUUUUGACACUGUUCUACAUCAUACCAGCAGACAUCAACAGUCUCAUUAAGUACUUCAGUUUUGCUCAGUGGGUGUUUUAUGGGCUGACAGCUUUGGCUCUCAUCGUGAUGCGUUUCACCAGGAAGGAACUCAAAAGACCCGUAAAGUUACCUCUG